GUUCACUGAUCAGUUCGUUCUGAGAUUACGAGACGGAGGGUUUGUUCAUUUGCGAUCACUCGGUCACGAAACUCAUCGCGUCGCACAAAUCACGUAUCGUACGAUAAAGGUGAACACUUUCCAUCUGUUUCCCUUGAUGGCGAGAUAGAAUAAAAGAAUUCUCCUGAAGUCGAGAACGGCGGUUUUGUGGCUCGGUGAAAGGCGCUCGGAAUGAAAUAGAACGAGGUAGAAUUUGUAGAAAGUCGGAUGUGCGAGAGCCGAGAGUACACAAACGAGCACCAUUCAAGAAAGUGACGUGAGGUGGGAGAGGGGAGCGGAUCAAAGUGCAGGACACAGCAGGGCACAGCUGUUCCGUGGAAAAAAAGAGGAGCAAGAAGAGCAAGAGAAGGAUCGUGUCGAAUAUAUAGGUGACGAUAUCGUCGUGACGAACGAACGAACGAACGAACGAACGGACGGAAGAGCUGAACAUUGUGACGGUCGGGACUCGACCGGUGGUGUAUGGAAAUCGAACAAGUGUGUUAUCGAAGGUGCUUGUCGCUUGACGCACCUUGACGCACACUGUAGCGCAGUAGCAAAGGUCACACGAGAAAGUGGAGAUCGCAUAACAAGACGUCGCAUUUUGCGAACAAAAACCAUCGUGCGUGGGAAUUCUCUAAAACUCUUUCCGCGCGACUGAAUCGAGCGUGUCAACGAGACGAGAACACAGCCAUAUAGGUAGUUCGGCCGAGCUAGGUCUGGUUUUUAGCUGCCCAUUCGUUAGAAUCCCGUUAGUAUUACUCGCGACUUCGUCGUGUACACGUACUGCUUUCUUCUUCUCUUCGUUUCACGAUCACCGAUUGGAAAUUAUCGAUUCAAGAUAGAUAUUUAAUAAAAGUUUCAGUAAGAGAAAAGAAGGAUAAGAAAGAGGAGAGUAGUGCUAUUCUCGCGCGAAAGAGAUCGAGCGAAAGCUAGAAAACGGCUCUGGAUCUUGAAAGCACAACUCGAAAGAAAAAAAUGUGGCAUCCCAAAAGCACCCAGAUGGAAGAACGUGUUACAGAGGACGACAAGGAGCAAGGGCGGCGAAAGUACAGUAACGACAACGAUAACGACGACGACGACGACGACGACGACGACGACGACGUCGUCGGCGGUUGUAAAUACGAGGACGAAGUGGGCAAUAUUGAUUCCGGAUUCCUGUCGGGCGGCAACCUGCAGUUCAGCGGCGAGAUUAGCGGCGAUUCGGGGUUGCUGCACUCGCAGGAAGAGUGGGAGGAGGGGGAGGGAGUGAAGCAGGAGAAACAGGUCACAGCGACGACAGCGGCAUCAUCAUCAUCGACAACGUCGGCGGCGAUCGCCAUUGAGGAAUCAAUGAGGGCGAUCGAUAGUGGCGUAGAUCUCGAUCUCACUGAAACCUUAAAUCAGCUCAGCCUGAAGCAGGUCAACCUAAACCCGCUCGCCGCCAAGGGCAAACUGAUCCAGGCCGUGUUGACGACCCCCAAACUAUUGCCUGUGACGCGGGAUAACAAGGAUGACACCAAGUUCGAGCAGCAUCACCAACAGGCCAGCGAUGAAGAACGUACGACGAGUGACGAGGAACCCUGGCAGCUGUACUACACGCAAGACGACGACGGUGACACGCAAUUGCACAUCGCGAUCGUGCAGGGCUUCAUGGAGGCUGCGUUUUGUUUAAUAAGAAUGGCCCCUGAUCCGUGUCUAUUGGAUACCAUGAACUACGACUGGCAAUCACCCUUGCAUCUGGCUGUGUUAACGCAUCAGCCGUUGAUCGUCAGGCGAUUAAUUUUGGCAGGCGCAGAUCUAUCCCUAAGGAAUUUUCAUGGGAAUACAGCCCUUCAUCUGGCAUGCAAAAACGGAGAUCUUGCUUGCGCUAAGGCCCUCACGGAUCCAUUGUCCUCGAUCGAAAGGAACAAAUUAAUGCUUGGACAGAUAAUACCCGCCUUACCUCAGAAUUUGGAGCAACGUAAUUAUAGCGGUGAGAUGUGUCUGCAUGUGGCUGCCACCAAUGGAUACGUGGAUCUGGUACGACUUUUGUUGCGUUUAGGGGCUGAUCUCAAGGCGAAGGAAGGUCUGGCGGGAUACACGGCACUUCAUCUCGCAGUGGAGCAUCAGUACUGGUCGUUGUUUGAUUUUCUAUUACUGGAAUGUCAGCGAGCGUCGUGUCUAAAUGACCGAACAUACGGCGGUAGAACGGCCUAUCAAUUGAGCUUGAAUGUCAACACUGAGUUCACAAAGAAGGCACGCAAAGAGCUAAUGCGAUAUGGUGCGAUGCGGGAACCAUUACCGGAAGAAUCGGAUUCCGAAAGCGAAGACGAAGAAACGACAUUGUGGAUGGCGGAUUACUUGCCUGCCAUCGUCAAGACGCAAAAUGCGAUCGGAGUGACAGUCUAAAGUAUCCAUCUAUAUUUAAUUUAUUUGGGCGCUAGAUAAUUACCAAACAAAAAGAUAAAAAGAUAUUGCGUGCAUAUGCACGGAAAAUGUAUCUCGAAUCAUUAACGUAUCAAUAACGUCUUUUAAUCUAUCGAAUUGAUCCAAUCGGUGACGUGAGUAAAAUUUACCAGACGAGAAA